UUUUGUGCUUAGGUAGCAGAAGCAGUUCCUUUGGAAAAUUUACAAAUUCCUGUGAUCUUUGUUAUCGGUGGACCAGGUUCUGGAAAAGGAACCCAAUGUGCAAAGAUCGUUGAGAAAUACAAUUACACUCACUUGUCUACUGGGGACCUACUAAGAGAUGAGGUGAACUCGGGGUCAGAUAGAGGGAAGAGAUUGGUUGAGACCAUGCAACGCGGAGAACUGGUGUCUUUGGAUGAAGUAUUACAACUACUGAAAGAAGCCAUACAGCGCCAUCUAAAGAGUUCGAAAGGCUUUUUAGUGGAUGGAUAUCCAAGAGAGGUUGAACAAGCAGUUCAGUUUGAAAAAGAGGUCUGCAAGUGUUCUUUCCUGUUGUACUUCGACGUUUCCGACGAAACGAUGACUAAGCGACUGUUGCAAAGAGGCAUUAGUAGCGGCCGUGUAGACGACAAUGAAACAACAAUUAAAAGCCGACUCCAAACCUUCCAUAGCCAUAGUCAACCAAUCUUAGACUAUUUUGGUGACAAAGUCAAAAAGAUUCCCGCAGAAUGUGAACCUGAAGAAAUCUUCCAGGAAGUUUGUAAAUAUAUAGGCGCUCACCAGUCUUGCUAAUGACACAUGAUAGACCUGUUACAAUGAGA